GGUAUCAAAAUUUGGUAGUUUUAUUGCGAUGCCAAAAUUUGCAGUCAUUUCGUUCUACAAAUAAAUAAAUAGUAAAUACUACGGCAGCAUCACCAAGGAUUGAACCGACGCAUAUUUGACUUCGCCAUAGUCCUCUUUCUCUUCUUCUUCAUCUUUUCUUUCCGGCUGUUGUUGAACUUUACCGAGAGGCGAAGGAGCUUCGUUUCUUUAGCAGUGCUGAGCAACUGAAGGCAUGGCGAAGCCAGGAGUUACGAUGGAGGUUGGAAACGACGGCGUUGCCGUCAUCUCCAUCUACAAUCCUCCAGUCAAUUCCCUUGCUAUUCCAAUUCUGGCGGGGAUAAAGGAGAUGUUUGAUGAGGCGGUGAGGAGAAAUGACGUUAAAGCUUUAGUUGUCUUUGGCAAAGGCGGGAAAUUUUCUGGUGGUUUUGACAUCAAUGUAUUUGGCAAUGUCCACAAGACAGGAGACAAUUCUGUGUUACCAGAUGUAUCUAUUGAUCUCUUGGUCAACACUAUUGGAGAUGCAAAAAAGCCUGCUGUUGCUGCUGUAGAAGGACUUGCCUUAGGGGGUGGCUUAGAGCUGGCAAUGGCAUGCCAUGCACGAAUUGCUGCUCCAAGAGCACAACUUGGCUUGCCAGAACUGACUCUUGGAGUCAUUCCUGGAUUUGGAGGCACACAACUUCUUCCAAGGCUUGUUGGUUUGUCAAAGGCAAUUGAGAUCAUGCUGUUAUCUAAAUCAAUAAUGUCAGAAGAAGGAAAGAAGUCUGGUCUUAUCGAUGAAAUUGUAUCUUCCGGUGAGUUGUUGAAUGUGUCUCGGUGUUGGGCCCUUGACAUUGCUGAAAGGCGCAAACCGUGGUUGCGUACGCUUCACAGAACUGACAAGUUGGGCUCCCUCGCUGAAGCACGCAAUAUAUUGAAGGCAGCAAGACAACAAGCCAAACAGGUAGCUCGAAACAUGCCUCAACACCAGGCAUGUCUUGAUGCCAUAGAGGAAGGUGUUGUUCAUGGAGCAUAUAGCGGAGUUUUAAAGGAGGCAAAGGUAUUUAAAGAGAUAGUUCUGUCAGAUACUUCAAAGGGUCUUGUUCACAAUUUCUUUGCCCAACGGGCAACAUCAAAGGUACCUAAUGUUACUGAUGUUGGGCUCAAACCAAGGCCAGUAAAAAAGGUUGCUGUCAUUGGUGGUGGUCUUAUGGGUUCUGGCAUAGCUACUGCACUUAUCUUGAGCAACAUUUAUGUUGUUCUCAAGGAAAUAAACUCUGAAUAUCUCCUCAAAGGAAUAAAAGCAAUUGAAGCAAAUGUCUGGGGCUUGGUGUCUAGAAAAAAGUUAACAGAUGAUAAAGCACAGAAAGCCCUUUCACUGCUUAAAGGUGUAGUAGAUUACUCAGAAUUCAAGGAUGUGGACAUGGUGAUUGAGGCUGUUGUUGAGAAUAUAUCCUUAAAACAAAAAAUAUUUGGUGAACUUGAGAAGAUCUGCCCUCCACAUUGCAUUUUGGCAACCAACACAUCUACCAUCGAUCUAAACAUAAUAGGGGAAGGGACCAAAUCUCAAGAUAGAAUUGUGGGAGCCCAUUUUUUCAGUCCUGCACAUGUGAUGCCUUUGUUGGAGAUUGUGCGGACUGAAAAGACUUCUGCCCAAGUAAUUCUGGACCUUAUGACAGUUGGAAAGAUUAUCAAAAAAGUACCUGUUGUGGUGGGAAACUGUACCGGCUUUGCUGUCAAUAGAGCCUUCUUCCCAUACAACCAGGGUGCACAUUUUUUGCUUCAUUUGGGCGUUGAUCCAUUCAGAAUUGACCAGCUGAUUAGCAACUUCGGUUUGCCUAUGGGACCAUUCCAGCUUCAGGAUGUAGCUGGAUAUGGGGUUGCUGUUGCUGUUAAGGAAAUAUUUGCAUCUGCUUUUGCUGGUCGCACAUUUGAAUCUUCUCUAGUAGAUUUUCUAAUAAAAAAUGGGCGAAAUGGUAAAAGUAAUGGGAAAGGGUACUAUAUAUAUCAAAAGGGAAGCAAGGCAAAACCUGAUCCAUCAGUUCUACCAAUUAUUGACGAAUCUAGGAAGCUUGCCAAUGUGAUGCCUGGAGGAAAGCCUAUAUCUGUCACUGACCAAGAAGUUGUUGAGAUGAUUCUCUUUCCCGUGGUAAACGAGUCAUGCCGUGUGCUGGAUGAAGGAAUUGUGAUACGAGCAUCAGACCUAGACGUUGCAUCUGUUCUUGGAAUGAGUUUCCCCACUUACCGUGGUGGUAUUGUAUUCUGGGCGGAUACAAUUGGGGCUGACUACAUAUAUAAAAAGCUCAAAAAAUGGUCAGAAGCUUAUGGUAACUUCUAUAAGCCAUCAAGGUUUUUGGAAGAAAGAGCAUUGAGAGGAAUACCACUGAGUGCACCGACCUCAACGUCUUCAGCUUCAAAGUCACGCCUCUAGGCAAAGUGUAUCUGCAGACGCCAAAGCUUUAGCAUGUAAAGAGUUGCAGAAAAUAAGCACUGUUUGGCGGCCAAAUGGGAACAAAGUUCCCAAUGUGAAGGGAAGGUGGAGAAAUUACGAGGAAUGGGGAUAUGGGUUCCUAGAUGGUUGUCACUAGUAGCACAAUCGGAUCUAUAAGUUUCUACAUUUGUUGUUUUUAGUGUGUACACUUUUUUUUAGUGUUUACACUGCGCGAUACAACUUGAUCCAGAGCAAUUGGCCUCUUGUGUAGUGGUUCUUAGGGUGAAUCAUUUUUAUUGGGUUUUAAUUUAUUGAUGAGUGCACUUUUUCUUCAUGUCA